AUGGAUAUUUGGCACAAAGUGAUAUACGUCGCAGCUUCGUUUGAAUAUCUAGACGAUGUGUCAGGUACAUGGCAAGUGUCAAAGAAGGCAAAGAAGCCUAAAGAGGUAGCUUACAAAAGACUGUUGGAGUACUAUAAUACUCAGACAAAACCAUGCCUUGAAGUUGGAAUUCUACACUUUCAGAACUUCAAAUUCAAGGAAGCUGUGGAACAGUUAAUUAAGCUAAUUGAUACUGAGGCUGACCUCAAAAUUCCAUGGUACUUGGCACAAACAUACCUGAAGAUGGGUCUUCAAGAAGAACAACAGGCUCUGUCUAAAAAUCUCAGACCAGAAAAAGCAAAAGAGAUAUUCAAGAAAGCUCACGACAAGGUUCUUGGUGCAAUGAAAUUCGGCCUGAAACAAAGGGAGAGUCGAAAGCUAUUGGCGGAAGUUGCUCUAGCUAUCGCACACAAUGAGCUUCAAUUAUUGGUAGGCCUUCAGAGUCAGGACAUCACGACAGCGGAUCACGAAGCUCAGCAGAUGCCAUCCACGUCUACUGCGUUACGGACACAGAGUCGGCACACCACGGCAGUUGACGAAGGAGCUCAGCAGAUGUCAUCCACAUCCGAUCUGUCAGGGUCACAGAGUCAGAACACCGUGGAAGUUGACGAAGGAGCUCAGCAGAUGUCAUCCACGUCAUCUGUGUCAGGGACACAGGGACAGGACACAAUACCACUGGAGUCUCAAUGCAUCAUGUCCUACAGGGAGGCUGUCAGAUGUGGAAGUCUCGUUGCAAGCUUGGAGUUACUGAGACUAGUCCAAAAAGAUAGUCUUGAAGUCACAUCAAGAUGGAUGUUCCUCCAAAUUCUCGCGGAAAUUGACGUGAGUUGCUCCCUUCGUGGUACCGAUCUUCUACAUCAAGAGGAAGAACCCCUCUCUUUUGAAAAGGGUCUCAGCAGCCGCGAUAGAGACAAAGACGCAUCGGCGUUGAAUUGUAAAACCAUCAAGCGUGGUAUUUUGGCCAUCUUACACCAGCAGCCGUUCUUCAGACAGGCUUGGAGGGAGCAUUUCAACAUGGAGAGGGAAAUACUCCGAGAUAGGUUUGAAAACAACAAAGGGGAGCUGGAGUUGGAUGGAAGGCAAGAGGAAACGAAGGAGACGUUUUCGGAUGAAAUAGUCUACGCCGCUACCGAUUGCUAUGAGAAACUACGUCCUCUGUUGGACCGUAUUUUUGUCAGGUUUGGGGUAGAAGAACUCGGCAUUGAAGAGAUUAAAGGUCAGUAUUUUCCGCUGAUAUUAGAUGAGGAAAAUGCGACGAAAACGCAAGACAAACUAAGAAGCAAGUUGAUGGAAACGUUUGGAAUCGACAUGGAGAAAAAUUAUCCAAAGCUGUACCAGCAGCUCCUCAAGACACAACCAGGCUGCAGUUCCCAAAAUGGCUUCCUGAAAACGUUUUGCACGACGGUUAAUAAGAUCAAACACAGUGAUGUUGAUUUAAAUGACAUACUAGAGACAUCCAAGGACCCAGUCACCUUGGCUCGUCAGUGUACGGAUAAAGUCGAGGAGAUCUGCAGGUUUUUCUUCGACACCAUGACGGAAGCCAGAGAUCUGAGGAAAAAGGUGGAGCAACUUGAAGAUGAUAUCAGACAUGGCGAGCAUGAGAAAGCUGGCGAGCUGCUGGAAGUGUUGUCAAGCAACGAAGGUUUCGUGUUCCGGAUUGGAAGUACAUGUACUUGGAAAUUACUCGAGCCGCAUGGUGGCCAAUCGGCCACACAGCCGCCGAUGCCUGCAGUGACUUUCCCGUUUUGUGACCUGCAUCCCGGGGUCGAUCGUGUUGAUCAGUGGAAGGGAAAGGUCAAGAAACACCUGAACAAGGAGCUAAACAAAGUGGGAAUCCCUGGCUCUGUGCAAAACAACAAAGAGUUGUUGGAGACGGUCAUGCAGGCCCAGCCGUGCACAGAUGAGAAGAACUACCAGUUCAUUGCAAUGGAGGAAUUCCUUAAGCAGUGCAAUGAAGGUGGCGCCAUCCCGGACACAGUGCGCAUAAAACCAGACAACCAGGAAGAAAAGACCUUCCAGGUUUUGGAUCUAACUCGCUGGCUCACAGACAACUCCGAGAGAAUUGCCAUCAAAAUCGAGGCAGUAAAGGUUGCAGGCCAAUAA